UGGGACAGCACGUGUGGCAGUUUUUACAUGAGACCAGAGCAUCACAUGUAGUGGCACUGAACGAUUCGCAAGCCAAACGGUGAUCAUUUGGACUGUUACUGCAAGAGCUGAGGAUUUUUUUACUGGGCUGGAUUUCAUUUUUAUCUGGACAGUAAUAUGGGGAAACAAAACAUCUGGCUUUUGAUUAUUUGGAUAUGUUUUGAAAAAACUUGUGCAUCUUUAUUUAACAGCACUGAGUCACCACUGUUUAGCAAUUCAACAGACUGGAUCGUGGAUUUCUCAAAUAUUGAGUCUAAGUUCUCCCUUCGGAGUGCGAACGUGCCGGAGGACGAUCUCUGCUACAUCGUGCCUGGAGAACCUGAAACCAUCUCAGCAUGUGGAUUCAAUAACAAGACGCAAACAUUUAUUGUCAUUCACGGAUGGACGGUGACAGGCAUGUUUGAGAGCUGGGUCCCCAAGCUGGUGACGGCGCUGUACGAGCGGGAGCCCAGCGGCAACGUCGUCGUGGUGGACUGGCUGAUCCGGGCCCAGCAGCAUUAUCCUACGUCGGCGGCCUACACCAAGCUGGUGGGUCAGGAUGUGGCCCGAUUUGUCAGGUGGCUGCAGGCCGAGCUCGAAUACCCCUGGGACAGGAUUCACCUGCUGGGUUACAGCCUGGGUGCCCAUGUGGCUGGCAUUGCAGGCUCCCUAACCAGCAGCAAAAUCCACAGAAUCACAGGCCUCGACCCUGCGGGACCGAGCUUCGAGUACGCAGAUUCCCAGAGCACCUUGUCCCCCGAUGAUGCCAACUUCGUGGACGUCCUGCACACUAACACCAGAGGCUCCCCCGACCGCAGCAUCGGCAUCCAGCGACCCGUGGGUCAUGUAGAUAUCUACCCCAACGGAGGGGGCUUUCAGCCCGGCUGCGACCUGCAGAACACCAUGCGCAUGGUGGCCACCACUGGCUUCUGGAACAUGGACCAGAUUGUGAAGUGCUCGCACGAGCGCUCCAUCCACCUGUUCAUCGACUCGCUGGUGAACGAGCAGAAGCAGAGCACAGCCUACCGCUGCCCCUCCAAGGAGGCCUUCGACAAGGGUCUGUGUCUCAGCUGCCGCAAGAACCGCUGCAACAAGCUGGGCUACGAGGUGAACAAGGUGCGCUCCCGCAGGAAUGCCAAGAUGUACCUGAAGACGCGCCAGAUGAUGCCCUUCAAAGUGUUCCACUACCAGGUGAAGAUGCAUUUAUUCAGCAAGGAUAAGCUGCAGUACAGUGAGCAGCCCUGGAAGGUGUCACUCCAUGGAGUUCACGGCGAGACAGAAGACAUCUCCAUACUCGUGCCUGCGCUGAACAGCAACGCCACCAUCUCAUUCUUGCUGAUCACUGAGGUGGACAUCGGCGAUCUCAUCAUGGUGAACAUCAAGUGGGAGAAGGACUCCCUCUUCACGCUGUAUGACUUCUGGGGCAGCAAAAUGUUCUGGGUCCGUAAAAUCAGAGUCAAAGCAGGAGAAACACAGGCCAAGCUGGUUUUUAGAGCCAAAGAUGGAGAAGCUGCAUACCUUUCGAGAGGCGGAGACUACGCUGUUUUUGUGAAAUCGAAUGAGAAUGAGAGUAGCCGCAAAGCAGAAAGGCUUUUCAGACGCAAGAAACAAGGCAGCUCAUUUAGGAAAAGCGAAGAUGUAGACAGUGGGAAUAACAGUACCAUAGCGACACAAUGAACUGAGAGCACAGAGGUCAUUGAGAACGUUGGCCGAUGGUGACAAUGAUGACAUCCUUGACGUGUAUCUUUGUCAUUUUCAUUGUUUGUGCCUAUUGUCUGUCAUCAGUAGUACCUCACGGUCCAAGCAAUUCUUGGUGGUUUCGAAAUCACAGAUAUAUUCAUGAAACUACAUGUUUUGAAUCCCUGCUGAUCUGUGAACUCUAUAGAUUGGCAAAUUUAUUUCAUUAUUUGAAAUUCAUGCUUACUAAUGAUAUUCUUUACAAUUAUUUCAUAUGAUUUGCUUUUAAAGGCUCUGUGUUGCUAUAUACAGAUCAGUUUAUAAAAAUUACUAGUGUUUUGCUUCUGUUAUAUUCUGUUGUGCUAUUUUAUUUGUUUAAUCAUGUACAUAGACUGCUGUUAUCAAACGCAAGUCGUAAUAUACAUUUUAAAUUGCAAGGUGAUUCAUAUAAAUUAUCAUUGCAUUGCUACAGAAAAUCACAUUAAUUUAAGCAAAAGCAUGUUCAAUAUUGGAACCACUAGAGUAACAAGUAUGAUAAUUCAUGGAUAAAAAAUCAGUAAAAUAAUAUAUUUCCAUCAAAAAUUAUUCCAGACUGAAUUUCUGACUGUUUUUGUGCCUUAAUUACCAAAGAUAGAAACCUUUUGGCUAAUUACCGAUUUUAUCUGGUUAAGUAGAUAAAUGACACACUAUAUGUGUUAGAUAGCAGUAACUGACUGCUUUGAUUGGCACAGGUCACUUUAAAGGCUGCGGUGCCUGUUACUGAUUCAGGAAGAUGUUAGAUCCUGCUGGCAUCCUGACAGCUUCUUGCCCCUAAGUAGCUGAACCUUAAAGUCGUCCCUUCUACCAAAUCACAUGCGAUUUCCACCUUAGCCACUGCACAGCAUUUACAGAUAUGCUAGAUGUCAUUACUGAGAUGUCAGCCUCAUGAAAAAUGCAUGGGCUGCCUUUGAAAACGGCACUUACAUCUCUAUUCUAUUUAUUAAAUGUAUAUAACUGUAUAUGAUAUUGUAUAUAUAUAUAUAUAGAUAUAUAUUUCUAUCCUUUAUCUUUUUUAUUUUCUUUCUUGAAAUAUUACAGCGCUAAUGUCUAUUUUAAAGGCAGCAGUGUCAGUGUUCAGACUGAGGAUUCCGGUAAAAUGGGCACUGAUACAGUUAAUGUGCUGCAUGCUGUACGAAACAUAUAACAUGACAAUAAAUGGUUACACAAGAAA